AUGGGAGAAACGUCAGAAGAGAAGCACGAGGGUAAGGUAGAGAAGAAGGAGAAGAAAGAUAAAGAGAAGCAUGGAGAAGGAGAAGAUGAAGAGAAAAAGAAGAAGAAGAAAGAGAAAAACCCUGCAGAUAAGAAAGAUCCUACAAAACUAAGACAAAAGCUUGAGAAGCUUGAAGCCAAAAUGCAGGCUUUGGCUGUAAAGAAAGAAGAGAUCUUGAAAUUGCUCCAUGAAGCUGAACAGAAUCCACCACCUCCCUCUUGAAUCCUUUCCUUCUACCUUCUUUGAAUUAUAUAUACACACUUUCAAUUUUCACUCCCUACAAUUUUUUCUUUUCUUUUUUUUUUCCUUUUACAUCUAUAUUGAGCUUAAUAAAUACAUUUCUUUUUUUUGACAA